UCCUAUUCAAACUACCACAAUAUCACAACAUACAAAGGGUCUAUUUAUCAAAUCUACAGAUAGCAUUAUAUUAACUGGGAAAAAGUUGAAACACUUCAAGACUGAGACUAGGGCACUCAUUCUUUUUAUUCUCAUUCAGUACAGCAUUCCAAGUCAUAAGCACAAUAAUAAGAAAGGGAAGGAUAUUAAAGGGAUACAAAUAGGAGAGGAAGAAGUUAAAUUAUCCCUAUUUGUAGGUGACAAGACUUUAUACUUAAAAUACCCAAUGGUGUAGUGGUAAGAUGGCUCAGCUGCCUUAGAUAGGACUCCUGGGAUGGUCAGUAUGGCCUGGCCAAGACACCAUCCAUUAAUCACUUCUGCCACAAUCUUACAGGGAGGAACAACCCCAUGCUUCUUGGAGCUGCUCACACUUCCCUGUUCCAGGUUACCCUGCAUACCCUGAAGAAUAUAAAACCAAUGCCUGAGGCUAACUAGCUCCCAGACACCCUAAGAAUUCCUAAAUAAAGCCUUCCAUGACUGGGUCACAGGGAAAAAUGAGACAGGUUUAGCCAGGAGGUAAUGACAGAAAGAUGGAGUUUACCCUGCCUUUCCUUUUUCCCUUCCCCCUUUUCCCUUCCCUUCCCUUCCCUUUCCUUCCCUUCCCAUGCAUGUGUACAUAUGUGUUUGCAUGUGUGUGUAUGACAAGCCUAUGUACAGGUUCACCUUGAUGUCAGGUGUCUUCUUCAAUUGUGCUCCCUCUUUGUUUGAGUCUCUCUUGCUGCACUGGAGCUCACUGAGUCCCACAAGUCUAGAUAGUCAGCUUCCUUCAAGGAUCCCCUUUCUCUGCCUCCCAAGUGUAGGCUUACAGGUGUCGUUACAGGUGUUCCCCUUUGCCAGAAGUGCCAGCUCCUCUGAAGGGCUGGUCCUGGUGCUACUGGCUUCCAGGUGAGAAAUGGGUGGGACCCGGGAGUCUCAGGUUCUGCUUCUCUCAGGAGCUGUUAGAGUGCUCAGAGGGAGGUUCGUGCACAGGACUCCCAGAUCUCACCGGGGUAUGGAAAAGGAUUUUCAACAGAGUGUUGCUGUUAGCUCUUCAUUUACACAUACACUCUGGGCAAAGGCUGCUAGGCAGGCAGUGGCUAGCAUGUACCCAGCUAUAUGCUGCACAUGCUGGCACCCACUGGCACACAUGAGCUGCAUAUAGGCAGGCAUAGACACACAUGCAGACAGGCACACAGGCUUCAUAGCAGUAUGGGGCACACAGGAGGCUGAGAAAGGAGAGGCAAAUGCCUCUGACCCCAAGGCUGUUAUUUAUAGAGUCAGGUAAAAGUGACGUCCUGCCAGAAAUAGUUAAAUAACAGAUUACAGCACUGUUUACUUUUCUGUGUACCUCGGACAUUUGGUGUCAGCCAUUUUGUACUGACUCAUGGCCCUCUGGUGUUAGCCAUCUUGGCCCAUGCCAGCUAUUCAUAUCAGCACCUUGUCUAAACAUAAGCUGGUCCUUGUGGCCUCCGGUUUCUUACGGACUUCUCCAACACAUGGAUUGUCAGGAUUGAUGUUGGAAAAACAGCUAUAUUAUCGAAACCCCAGGACAUUUAUUUACUCUUUGCUCACCAAAGGGAGGCCUUUUCCAGCGCUGAUCUUUUUGAGGGCGGCUGCCUUCUGCACAGGGAAUGGAGUCCUUCAAGCCUACUACCUAAUUUACUGCGCGGAAUACCCGGAGGAGUGGUACACAGAUGCUCGGUUUUGCUUCGGUGUCCUCCUGUUUGUUUUGGGAAUGGGGGUCAACAUCCACAGUGAUCACCUGCUGCGCCAGCUUAGGAAGCCUGGAGAAGUCACCUACAAGAUUCCACAAGGUGGCUUGUUUACCUAUGUCUCCGGAGCCAACUACCUGGGUGAGAUCAUUGAGUGGAUGGGCUAUGCCUUGGCUGCUUGGUCCGUUCCAGCCCUGGCUUUUGCAUUUUUCUCACUUUGUUUCCUUGGGAUUCGAGCUUUUAACCACCACAGGUUCUACCUCAAGAUGUUUAAGGAUUACCCCAAAUCCAGGAAAGCCCUUAUUCCAUUCAUCUUUUAAAUUUUAGGGAGCAAAGCUUCUAUGGGGACCCUAGAAGCUUUGUUGUUGAAACCCUAAACUGUGAACUUUCACUGAACAGUGCGCUGCUCCCAUGUACACAUAUGAGGACAUAUGUGUUAAUAGGUCUCUCGUUAUUCCAGUUGCCUGAGGCAUGCUGAACCAUGUCUGCUUAACCUUUACUCCUGCCUGCUCAUGAAGCUCUAACCUAAUUUCCUCCUGGAGCUCCACAGGGACCAUUUUCUCAUUAGCUAGCCCUUCUAGAAGCUUCCCCAUUUUCCAUUUUUUUUUUCAUUGUAUGAUCUGAAGACAUGUGACUUUUUUCUUACUCUGUGGCAGUUUUGGGAAGUUUUGCAGUCAAAAACCUUUGGGCUGACAUAAUGAAAAAUGAAAUCAUUAUAUUUGCAGGAAAGUGAAGGGAACUGGAAAUUAUAUUAAGCAACAUAACCCCAACUCAGAAAGACAAAUAUUGCAAGUUUUUCUCAUAUGCAGAUCCUAGAUUUUAAUUUAUAUAGAUGUAUGUAUGUAUGUAUCUGUUUAUGUAUGUGUGUUCAUUAAAUUAGAAAGAAGAUUAUGAGAAGGGGAAAGAUCUUGUGGGGAGGAGAAAAGGAGGAAAAUAGAAUAUGUGUGGCAUGAAAGCAGAGAAAGGAGGCUAUUGCAGAGAGGAAGGGGACCAGCAGGAAAGACGUAGGAGAACAGGGGAGGAGAGAAAGGGAGGACGGUCUGCAAAAAUAAAUUAUGUAUGAAAAUGCCAUAAUGAAACCUAUCACUUUGUAUGCUGGUUUUGAAAAACCAGCCAAUCAACAAGCCAACCAGGCAACCAACAAGCCAAGCCAAGCCAACCAACCAACCAACCAACCAACCAACCAACCAACCAACCAAAAAAGAAGUCUGGGCUGAGCGCACCAUAUGUAAUUGAAAGCAUGCCUUUUGUAUGCCCGCAGAAUGGCAAAUAUUUACAUUUUUAAGCACCACAGACCAGAGCCUAACUGAAAGCCUAGUCACAUCUUCCUCUUCGUUAAUUAGGAAGAUAUGAAAAAGGAGAACUUUAAUAGCAGAAUUCUUUCCUCUGACCCAAGUCCAAAUGUAUACAGUGUCUUAGUCAAAGACACCUCAUCUCCCAGGAGAUUUCGCAAAUGGAGCUAUCACAGCUUCAUCCACAACACUGAUAGGAAUUUUCUUGAUGGUCACAUUUUUAUUCACAAAGAAAAAGAUACAGCCAUCAGUGGCUCCUGGGAGAAUAAAGAAAUGCAUUGUGACAGACACUGUAAACUCAUAUUUUUGGGAACCGAUGGGGCUAUCCAAAUACCAGGGACACAUCAAGUAUGAGAAAUUCAUGCACAAUACAGUAGAAUAUUCACCUUGAAGAGAUGUCUGUGAUAACGGGAAGGGUAUCAGAAGUCCAGAGCAAGUUUCUGCUGGAAUUUGACCCUCAAGACAUAUUUUGGAAGACGUGUCUCAGUAGUAGCUUGAAUGUCAGCCCCUGGGUCCCAAAUGACAGAAAAGGAGAUCUGUCCACAGAUGUUCGUCUGGGCAGAGAACCGAUUCUAUUCAGGUCGGACAGGGUUUCAUGCAUUGUUUAAUUUUAUCUUGCAUUUCAAAUUGUAAAAGUUAGGAGGUUUUCAUAUAAACUAAAACUCUUGGCAUUCCUUUAAAACAGUGGUUCUCAGCCUCCCUAAUGCUGUGGCCAUUUAAUACAGUUCUUCAUGUUGUGGUGACCCCCAACCAGAAAAUUAUUUUUGUUGCUACUCCAUAACCGUAAUUUUGCUAUGUUAUAAAUCAUAACGUAAACAUCUGUGUUUUCUGAUGGUUUUAGUUGGCCCCUGGGAAAGGGUCAUUCGACCCUCAAAGGUUGAGAACUGCCGUUUAAAAAAGUUGGAAGGAAGGACAUAAGAGACAGAAGAUAAUGAGAGGCUGAAUAUGAUCAAAGUGCUAUACACAUACAAGCGCAUUUAAUGAGACAAUGAAUAUGUGCCAGUGGAUUUCAACCUGCCUAAUGCUGCUACCUAAUGCUGCUAUCAGUUCCUCAUGUUGUGGUGACAUUUUGUUGCUACUUUAUAAUUCUAACUUUGCUACUGUUAUGAAUUGUCCUGUAAGUAUCUGAUCUGUGGCCUAUCUGAUGUAUGAACCCCCAAAGGGCUGAGAACCGCUGAUAUACAAAUACCAAGCAGGGUUCCUGGGUGAGAACUCAGGACAGAGUAGCGAAUGAGCACUUUCAUGUGGGUGUCCGGCCUCUCGCGAAGGGCUGGCUCCCCUAAGGGGCUGAAGUAUGGGCUCUGUAAGGAAAGGACUGAGUACUCUGAGUCAGAAUGGUUGCGUACUUAUCUCCUCAGCUGCAGGUGUUCAGGCUCAGCAUCCUUUGGAAACAAGCUUGAGAACGGAGCACCAGUUUUAUCAUUUGGUACAGACACCAACUGGACGUUAACACCUGGGCUGUGAGAGCUCUGGAGUUGGAUUUGUAAUGAAGAUUUGGAUUGUAGCAUUACAAGCGUUACAAGCCAGUGUUUUUGUUUACGGAAUGCCUCUGAAGUCAUGACCACCAUCACCACUUGAAUAAAAAGACCCAGGGCUUCUGAGGCCUUUACAGUGUUGA